GUUGCAGGCGUCAGCUCGCAUUUACUAUACUUCAUCCGCGGCGAGCAUCAUGAUCAUGCACCACUCCUCGCCGCACUCGCGCCCCUCUCAUGGACUACCACAUUCUUACUUUUCGCGCAGUCAUUGGCUUUACUAGAAGCUGCAAAGAGUGCGACUCUCCUGCUUUUGAGUUAUGGCACUGGUCUCUACGCAUCUAUUAUCAUUUACCGGCUCUUUUUCCAUCCUCUCCGUGCCUUCCCUGGCCCCGCACUGGCCAAAGUCACCAAGUUCUGGCACAGCGUCAAGCUUUCGAACCUCCGGAACCACGAGCUUCUGGAGGCUCUGCAUCAGCAGUAUGGCGAUAUCGUCCGUAUCGGUCCGAAUGAGGUGGUCGUCUUCAGAGCAGACGGUGUCCCAGCCGUCCACGGCCCCGGCUCCAGAUGCACCAAAGCCCCCUGGUACGACAUGCUCCAGAAAGACCGCUCUAUCCAUGCGACGCGCAAGCCGCACCUACACCAAGCACGCCGCAAGAUCUGGGAUCAGGGUUUCGGUAUGAAGGCAUUGAGAUCGUACCAAAAGCGCGUCAACACACACGUGGAUUCGCUCAGCAAGAACAUUAGCAAGCGGGUAGGAGAGGCUAUCAAUUGCACACAGCUCUUUCUAUUCUUUGGCUUCGAAGUCAUGGGCGACACGGCGUUUGGGUCAGGGUUCGGCAUGUUGGAAACCAACGAAGAACAUCCCAUUGUGCAAAUCAUGAGGAGCGGGAUCUACAUCAUCGGCCGCCUGACGCCUGUGCCAUGGCUCGUCACCGUGCUCACGUCUCUUCCCGGUGCGAAUGCGGACUUCAAGAGGCUGGAGGCGUAUGCAGAGAAGAGCAUUAUCGCACGGUCGAAAAUGGACAGAGACCCAGACGAUGUCAUGUCCAAACUCAUCGCCGCUGCUCGAGAUCCGAAAGACCCGGAUAAGAUUGAUUUCCACUGGCUGGGAGGCGAUGCUAUGGUUAUCAUCAUCGCGGGAUCCGAUACCGUCUCCAUCGCCCUGGCGUUCUUGUUCUACCAUCUUGCUCUUCUACCGGUCCAUAUUGCGAAACUGAGAGAUGAGCUGAGCGGAGUGGAUAUAACGGAUAACAACACCCUGCAAGGGCUUCCGCAUCUCAACGCCCUCAUCAACGAAACACUGCGGCUCUAUCCUCCUGUUCCCUCUGCCCCACUACGACAAACACCCCCCGAGGGCCUGCGCAUAGGCGAGAAGUUCAUCCCCGGAAACGUCGUCAUUUCCACCCCCUUGUGGAGUCUCGGACGUCUCGAGAGCAGCUACGUUCGCGCCUCUGAAUUCCUUCCAGAGCGCUGGUACAAGGGUUCUGAUAUGAUCAAAGACGCACGCGGAUUUGCUCCUUUUUCGAGCGGGGCGCAUAGUUGUUUAGGAAAACAGUUAGCGCAUAUUGAGUUAAGGCUAGUUACUGCGCGGUUGGUGACGCAGUAUGAUUUCGCGUUCGCGGAU